CGUAACAAUGGACGUUUGAAUUGUACAGCAGAGAAAGCACUCGGCCAAAGUUGGACAUCGAAAUUCUCGACUCCUACCAGACGGCCAUUGGUGGACAUCUUUUCACCACAUCAGGUUUAACGAGCCAUUACCAACAUGUUCAAACGCUUCUCCACCCGCGGCGGCGGCGACAAAGACAAAGGUUCAAGCAGCCAGACCAGUUCCGCGAACCACUCGCGCCGACAAUCUCCCAGCGAGCGACCAGCAAUCUCGAGGACUGGAAGCGAGCAGAACAAUGGCGCUACAUCACAGGAGACGACCAACACAGCUUCUGGAAUAUAUCGAUUACUCUCCUUCGUGUCGGCGAAUCGUACAAGGAAGGUCGCAAGCGAGGAUGUGAACAUUGAACAGGCGGCGUAUGAACCUUCUGUUUUGCUUAUCGUGGCCGGCGGCACUAUCUGCAUGCAAGACUCCAAAGAAGGCCUCGUGACCUCCAAGCUCUUCCUCGACGAGUGUCUGACUCCCAAGCCUCUGUUCAACGAUGGAACGCAAUGCCCGACCUCGAAGAUCAUAGACGAGCAUGGCGUUUCGCGCGAGGCACCGAGCCUGCAGCUUCCGCGAGAUCGAAAUGGUGCCAACGUGCGCUGUACGGUACUCGAGUUCAAUCCGCUGCUGGACAGCUCCACCGCGCACUCUCCAACGUGGAAUCAAUUGGCGCGCUGCGUCCGAUCGAACGAGGCCAACUAUGAUGCUUUCGUCAUCUGCCACGGAACGGACACCCUCGCGUACACCGCCGCGGCAUUAUCUUUCAUGCUGAUGCCGAACCUGGACAAGACGGUGGUACUUACCGGCGCACAACGAAGCAUGUUCUUCGCCGACAGCGACGGAUCCGAUAACCUCCUCGGCUCCAUCGUGAUGGCCAGCCAUCUCCGCAUCCCCGAAGUGUGCGUCUACUUCGGUCACAAGCUCCUAAGAGGCACUCGCAUCACAAAGAUAAGUGCGUCAAGCUACUCCGGCUUCGAAAGUCCCAACGCAGGACCUCUGGCCACCGUCUCCGAAACCGGCAUCGUCGUACACUGGGACAAUCUCCAACACCCGCCACCCGCCGGAACACCCAUAGCAAGCAAAGACGUGGUAGAAGUCGACAGCAGCCGGGUCGUCGUGUUGAAGAUCUACCCCGGUCUAACAGCCGACCUCGUCGACCUCAUCUUCUCCUCACCCAACAUCAAAGGCGCCGUGCUCGAAACUUUCGGCGCGGGCAACAUGCCACUGUCCAUCAUCCCCUCCCUCUCCAAAGCUGUGCAGCGCGGCGUGGCCAUCGUCAACGUCACGCAGUGUCUCCACGGCAGCGUAUCGGACGCCUACGAACCGGCGCGGAAACUCGUCGAGGCGGGAAUCAUGCUCGGGUAUGAUAUGACCAUGGAGGCGGCGUAUACGAAGAUGGUGUACCUGUUGUCGUGUACGGGAUUGAGUCCGGUGGAGGUGGGCAAACAGUUGUCAGCGAAUAUCCGUGGUGAACUCACGCCGCCGGAACCGACGCAUGUUGCUUCGGGGCCGUUUUCGAUUGCGCAGUUGCCGAUUCGCGUAGCAUUCACAAGGCGUAUUGGAAACCAUCACCAAACACGAUGGCCUUCCAUUCAUCAAUCAUGGGAGGUCACUGAGCCCAUAUCACCACCACAUGAUUCGAUUUACACGCGCUCCGAUGUCCGAACGAUCUGCGACGACUCCGCAGGCGGAAGGAUGAUCAUCGUGGGCCGUCUGAGUCAGAUCCUCUUCAAGGCUGAUCGCGUGUGUGCAGAAGAGUGGGACUGCGAACAACACAUCAAGCUCAUCAUGACAGAUGACAUGUAUCCUGCACACCACACCGGCGUGUUCGCCCUGCCAUUCCUUCUCGGCGACUCGGGUUUCAAGGAAUCCCGUGCGCAAGCCAAAUGGUUCGCACAAUCCAGUAGUACGGAUGUGCCGGGCGAUCCGAACACAAAUCCGAUUGUGGUGGAAUUUUUGGCUUUCCCGCUACUGUGA